AUGGACGAUUUUAACAAAAAAGAAAAAAUUUGCGGAUAUUUAAAAAAAACAAUUAAAAAUAGGAUACCCAUAUCGGUAUGGCUACCUCGAUACAAUUCGGAAAAACUCAUAUGCGAUAUGAUAGCCGGAAUAACGGUUGGACUCACCGUCAUGCCUCAGGGUUUGGCAUAUGCCACAUUGGCCGGUUUGGAACCGCAGUACGGUCUUUAUUCCGCUUUCAUGGGUUGUUUCGUUUAUGCAAUUUUUGGAAGUUGUAAAGAUAUAACGAUUGGACCGACGGCAUUGAUGGCACUCAUGACGUAUCAACAAGUUAUUGAUAAAAAUGUCGAUUUUGCCAUAUUACUCUGUUUCCUCUCGGGUUGCGUACAAAUAAUAAUGAGCAUUUUACAUUUAGGUGUUUUAGUCGAUUUCAUAUCCGUACCCGUGACUGUCGGUUUUACAUCGGCAACAUCGGUUAUAAUAGCAACGUCGCAAAUAAAAGGACUCCUGGGAUUAAAAUUUACUUCGUCGGGAUUUUUAGACACUUUACAAAAAAUCGGGGAACGAAUUGGGGAAACGAGGUUGAACGAUACGGCUUUGGGAAUUACAUGCAUUGUUAUCUUAUUGUUUCUCAGAAAAUGCAAAGAUUUUAAUUUUUGUCGUAAUUCAUCGAGGAAUGAAACUUAUAAAAAAAUUCUAUGGUUGAUAUCGACGAGUAGAAACGCAUUGAUUGUUGUUUUCUGUUCGAUUUUAUCAUAUUUUUUAUACGAUGAAAUACAAAAAACGAGUCCAUUUAUAUUAACAGGUUCCGUAAAACCAGGUCUUCCAGAAUUUAAAAUUCCAAAAUUUUCAACGCAAGUUGGCAACACUACAUAUUCCUUCAUUGACAUGUGUACGGAAAUGAAAUCCGCCAUUUUUAUGGUACCGGUUAUAGCCGUUUUGGGAAAUGUCGCCAUAGCAAAAGCUUUCGCAAGUGGAAAUUCAAUCGAUGCAACACAAGAAUUACUCACUUUGGGUUUAUGUAAUUUUUUCGGAUCUUUUGCGUCUUCGAUUCCGGUCACGGGUUCAUUUUCAAGGAGUGCCGUCAAUCAUGCUAGCGGCGUUAAAACUCCACUCGGAGGAUUAUACACAGGCGUCAUAAUAAUAUUAGCUCUCUCGACUUUGACUCCAUAUUUUUUUUACAUUCCCAAAGCGUCGCUCGCAGCCGUCAUCAUAUGUGCCGUUAUUUUCAUGAUAGAAUACGAAGUAUUGAAACCCAUGUGGAAAUCGAGUAAAAAAGAUUUGAUACCCGCGUUCGUGACGUUCGUUUUGUGUUUGCUCAUAGGUGUCGAACUUGGAAUAUUGAUCGGAGUGUCAAUAAAUAUAAUAUUGUUGCUAUAUCCUUCGGCGAGACCUAACGUGAGAGUGGAAAAAUCAAGAACUCUUCAAGGUGCCGAAUAUUUAUUGGUGACGCCGGGUAACAGCCUUUAUUUUCCAGCCGUUGAUUUUAUACGUUCGAGCGUUUGCAGAGCAGCAACGAAAGAAGGGUCCAGUUCGAUGCCCAUCGUCGUCGAUUGCAGAUACGUUUUAGGUGCGGAUUUUACGGCGGCGAAGGGUAUAGCGGCACUAAUCGAUGAUUUUAAAAAAAGAAAACAAUCCAUUUAUUUUUAUCAACCUUGUGCGACUGUCGUAUCCGUUUUCAAAGGUGCCAACAUUGAAGAAUUCGUACACGUUUGCAAUCAGGAAGAAUUGGAUUAUUUGCUUGCCGACAAACAUGAAACGACAAAAAAAGACGAUUAUGGUCUUAAUAUAGACGAUGUUAAAGAAGCAUCCAAAUUACUCACGUGUGCCUGA